AUGUACAAGAUUGGGCCUGAGCAGGAUGUGAAGGCCCAAGGUCAAAUCAAAGCAUUCCUUCCUUUAUUUUGCCUGGUGCCUCUCAGCACCAGGGAAAGGAGGAAUCAUUCGGAAGUGACUGACUUCAUUCUUGUUGGCUUCAGAGUCAGCCCAGACCUGCGUAUUCUCCUUUGCCUGCUAUUUCUGCUCGUAUAUGCUGUAAUUCUUCUAGGGAAUGUUGGGAUGAUGGCCAUUAUCAUGACUGAUCCCCGGCUGAACACACCAAUGUAUUUCUUCCUAGGCAACCUCUCCUUCAUUGAUCUCUUCUACUCAUCUGUGAUUGCACCCAAGGCUCUGAUCAACUUCUGGUCUGAGAGAAAGUCCAUCUCCUUUGCAGGCUGUGUGACUCAGUUCUUUCUCUUUGCCCUCUUUAUUGUGACUGAGGGAUUUCUCCUGGCAGCCAUCGCUUAUGACCGCUUCAUUGCCAUCUGCAAUCCACUCCUCUGCUCUAUUCAGAUGUCAAUGGGUCUCUGCACUCAGUUGGUGGCUGGUUCCUAUUUCUGUGGCUGCAUCAGUUCAGUUCUUCAGACCAGCAUGACAUUCACCUUAUCCUUUUGUGCUUCUCUGGCCAUUGACCAUUUCUACUGUGAUAUUCGCCUACUUCAGAGGAUUUCAUGUUCUGAUCUCUUUAUCUGUAAAGUUGUGUCUUUUUCUGUUUGUACCAUCAACAUCUUGCCUACCAUCAUAGUCAUUAUUGUUUCUUACAUGUUUAUUGUGGCUUCAGUUCUCAAGAUACGCUCCACCGAGGGACUUAAGAAAGCCUUCUCCACUUAUAGCUCCCACCUGGGAGUCGUGAGUGUGCUGUAUGGUGCUGUCUUUUUUAUGUAUCUCACUCCUGAUGGAUCUCCUGAAAUGAGUAAAGUAGUCUCCUUAUGUUACACCCUAGUCACCCCCAUGUUGAAUCCUUUGAUUUACUCUCUGAGAAACAAAGAUGUCAAAGAGGCUGUAAAAAAUUUUCUAGAGAAGAAAAAUACCAUGCUUUGAUUAUAGUUUAUCUUCUACCAAUUGCAUUGUUGAUUUUAUUUUAUCUAUUUUUUUAACUUUUUAUCUUUUUUAAAAUUGAAAUUUAGGUGAAGGUUUACAGAACAAACUAGUUUCUUAUGAAACAGCUUGUACACAAAUUGUUGUAUGACAUUGGUUAACAACCCC